AUGAUGAAGAACAAGGAAGGAGGAGUGGAUUGGAUGGAGAGGAUGGAAAGGAAGGAGAUCAUGGAAGACGUCAAGGAUGAGUCAUCUAAUCAGUCAGCGUCAACAGAGAGUCUACUCCAGAAUCACUCAUGUCACCAAGGAGGAAAAUUCGUCAAAAAUGCUCACACGCACACAUUUGACUUGUCAGGGACGACAAUUCUUGAGAUAAUGGGGGGAGGUGUAACGGAUCAGGCUGAUCCGUUAGUUCCAACUCUAUCAAAUGUGUGCAACCCAUUAUCCCAUCAAGCAGUACAACAACGAACGAACUCUCAAUCACUAAAUAAUCGCUCGGUUAGACCUGCAAAGUUUCGUCGUCUCGUCGCCUCGCGUCUCCUCGCCGACACUCUCUCGCCUUCACCAUUUCGCCGCCGCCGCCAACUUCCUCUUCACCCGCCAAACCGUUCACUAUGGCGCCAAUCUUCUUUUCUCUAA